AUGUCCAUAGAACAUGUGUGGCCAGAGGGUGAGAAGUGGCUCCUGGUGUCAGUACUGGCCCUAGAGAUGGUGAUGGGAAUCAUUGGGAACUCGCGUGUCAUCGUCCUCUCUUGUGUUCAGUGCAGGGGUCAGUUCUGCUGCCAUCACUGGCUUCCUUUCGUCAGCCUCACUCUGUCGGAUCUAGGUUGCUCCCUCCUCAUCAUCUCCGGCUCCCUGCUGGCAAUGCUGACAGGAGGUCAAAGGUCUCCGUGGUGUGAGGUUGUCAGUCUUCUGAAGUUUGCCUUCAUCAGCUCCUCUAUAGGCAGCAUAGCUAUCCUCUGUGUUCAGCGGUUGAUUGGCAGAACGUCCACACGAGGCGCUCUCUUUCUUUUCUUGUUGACCGGGUGCUUGGCUGCGUGGGUGACCGGGGUGGUGUUUGGGAGCGUUCCAGUCAUCUACGCCUGGAUCAGGUACGACAGCGCUGAAAUGCUCUGCGCCGUCUUCUGGGAGACUAACUACUCCGACAUGAUGGUCUACAUCCUCUGUGCCUUCUCCAUCUGUAUCUUCCUCCCCUUCCUCCUCAUUCUUGUCUGCUCUUUGCUGAGCGCCGCAGGCUGCUGCUCAGCUUCUGACAGUGACGACGAGGACACCGACCUGUCUGCCGUGAGCCCCCUGCUGGUGGCCUGCUACGUCCUUUGUUACUCUCCCUUCGUGAUGUCUGAGCUGAUCCUGCUGGGUAGACAGGACCUGUCCCCGGCUCCCACCUGGUUGAGGACGGUGUCAUCGGUGAUGUCGUACCUGGACUGUGCUCUGAAUCCACUGAUCUACUGCUCCCACCAGGAUUUCAGGGAGGCGGGUCUGGCCCUGCUGUGGACCAGCAGGAAACUUUCAGCCCAGGAUCCGGUUCUCACUGCUGUGACCAAACCAUGAUGUGAUGUGAGUUUUCGAGAGGGAGUGAACAAAAAUGUGAUGAUUAUUGGCAGAAAUAAAAUGAAUAAAACCAACGUUAUUGUUUGUAUGAGUGCAGAGUGGCUUUUUAUUCAAAUUCAUCUGUUUUUCUUUGUUAUUAAAGCUCGUUGUCUUUGGUAAAAAUGAAGCAAAAAUAACUGCUGUUCACACAGCCACAGACCACACAUUAGCCACAAAUACGUCCCCAAAAAUAUGCAGCAUUUGUGCUUAAAAACUUCAGUUUAACAUGCGUUGUUGAUGUAUGAAAUAGACCAGGG